AUGUACUUCGCCACGAUCAUUAUAGCCCUUUUCGUCUUACCUUUGUUAGCCUAUUCCUCUGAUCCUACCCCUACCCAGCCUGAGGUAAGAGGAUACGAUGAAUGGCAACAUCAACAUCCCAAAUGUAAUGAUUUAAUUACUCGUGAUCACAUCACUUGUAAAUGUCUUCCACAAUAUCAAGAACCUACUUCCGCUUCUUCCCAUUAUGGUAAACGAUCUGAAGUUGAAGAGAGGAAAGGAGGUGAAGAACAAUUAGAAGAAUGUGUUUGUCCCGAUUAUCCAAACACUGAAUUGGAUGAUGGUUGGGAUUAUGGUCAUUACAAAAGAGGUGGAAAAGGCGGCAGUGGUGGUGACGAUGACCAUCCUAAAUGUAUUUGCAAAGGUGAUCAUCAAACCUAUAACCCUAAAACCAGAAAGUGUGAAUGUGACGAUGGAUAUCAACCUUCUACAUCCGGUGGUCACUACAAACGAGGUGGCAAAGGUCAUGGUCAGCAUCAUCUCGUCUGUAAACCUGGUCCCACUGGUUCUGCUAUUCCCGCUCGAAAGAGAUCACCUUCCCUCCAUCAAGCAAUCAAGAUGCGAGAACAAGACGAUCGAGCUCUUGAAAGAUUCUUAGGUUGUGAUAGUGGUGAGAAUGCUUGUGAGACUGAAGGUACUUGGUCAUGUUUCAACGUCAAGUCUCUGCUCUGGUCAUGCGGUGCCCGGCCCGGUCAAGGUAUUGAUUGCGGUGCUGCACCUGGGAUCUCCGAAGUCAAGUGCCAUCAAGGUAAAUGUUUAAUUGAGACUUGCCGAAGAGGUUUCACUCUCACCGACAUCGCCGAUUCAGAAUACGGUACCAAUACCACUUGUGUAUCUGUAAACCGCAAGUCCUCCUCGGUACCAUGGUUCGUAGCUCAAGAGGUCUGA